ACACACUCCUCCCCCAACCCUUUCACUUCCUUCCAAUUCUUCUAUAAAUCCAUCGCUCCUCUGCCUCUCUCAACGCUUACACCAAACGCUCCCGAUAUCCCAGCUCUCGCCGGCCAGCUGCUGCCUGCCACCCACCGUCCGCCGCCGCCGCCGCCGCUCUCGUUAUUUUUUUCUUUCUCUGUCUCGUUCUUAACUCCUUCCUGUCUCCUCUCUGUUCUUUGUAUUUUCCUGCCUCUGCCAGCUCCGUUUCCUAACCUUUUCCUUCGCCGGAUCUCGUAAAUUCCGUCGGUGCAUGUGAUCAGAAGAUCAGUGUGUGAUAGAGAAAAAAAUUCGUAGAGAUCUGGCUUAUGUAAUAACAAAAAAACGAAUUCACCUGUGCCUAUUUCUCUCUCGUUGGAUUUCUCCUGGAUCUGGCCUUGGAUUCUCUGAGUUCGAAUCGAUUUGAAAUUUCCGGAGAAACAGUUGUUGCGGUUCCGAAAAUGUCGGGUAGUGGAACUAUGAGCAAUCUGCUUCAGCAGGGAGCUACAGCCUCGCCGCUCCUCAAGCCAAACAAGACGUCGUCUCGUUCCCCUGUAUUCGCGGUCCCUUCUUAUCCUCGUCGGGGAGGAGGGAGGACGCGAUGCUCCGUCGUCGCCGCCAGGGCCGGUCUGGAGAAAUCGAAGCUCUUCGGGACACGAUUGAGGCCUCACGGACCCGAGAGGCUGCACGUGUGGCAGUCGGACGGGCCGGGGAGGUCGCCGAAGCUCCGGGUGGUGGUCCGGUCCGCAUUGUCCGGUGUGCCGGAGAAGCCCCUCGGUCUUUACGAUCCUUCUUUCGAUAAGGACUCUUGCGGUGUGGGAUUCGUCGCGGAGUUGUCCGGAGACAGCAAUCGGAAGACGGUAACCGAUGCGGUGGAAAUGUUGGUUCGCAUGACUCACAGGGGAGCUUGUGGCUGUGAAGCUAAUACCGGUGACGGAGCUGGGAUUCUCGUCGGUCUUCCUCACGGUUUCUACAAAGAGGUUGCAAAGGAUCUUGGGUUUGAGCUGCCUUCACCGGGAGAAUAUGCAGUUGGCAUGUUCUUUUUACCCACCUCAGACAACCGCAGGGAGGAAAGCAAAAAUGUUUUUACUAAGGUUGCCGAGUCGCUUGGCCACAGAGUUCUUGGAUGGCGGCCUGUGCCGACAGAUAACUCUGGGCUGGGGCAGUCUGCUUUGCAGACGGAGCCUGUGAUUGAGCAGGUCUUUCUCACCCCAACUCCUAGGUCAAAAGCUGAUUUUGAACAGCAGAUGUAUAUAUUACGGAGGGUAUCCAUGGUAGCUAUCCGAGCUGCACUGAACCUCCAACAUGGCGCUGUCCGUGACUUCUAUAUAUGUUCUCUGUCAUCUAGGACUGUUGUUUACAAAGGUCAGCUGAAGCCUGUACAGCUGUCGGAAUACUACUAUGCGGAUCUUGGGAAUGAAAGGUUUACGAGCUACAUGGCCCUGGUAAAUAUAAUUAUCCAUUGACUUGUAUGCUUUCUCCACUAACUCAUGCCUCAAUAAAACAGCAUGGGAACCACCAGUAUCUGGGGACAUAUGCAAGGUUGGGGAUGACUUCUGAGGCAUUGAAGUAUGAAUGGUCUCUUAAGUAUUCUCCACACCCUUGAUUACUAAUUGAAUUUGGAUGGCUGGAUUGGAUGGCCUUGUUGGAGUUGGCAGAAGUCUCAUUGUCAAACAUGUUUGCAGAAACUUACUGCACUGCUGUAUCUGGUCAGUUGUUUGAAGAGGACACUCCCAGUUGGUGGUUGAAAGGAUGUUUUGUUUGGUCAAGGUACACUCUCGCUUUUCGACCAACACCUUCCCUAGCUGGGAUCGUGCUCAACCAAUGCGUGUCUUGGGCCACAAUGGCGAAAUCAACACUCUUAGGGGCAACGUGAACUGGAUGAGAGCACGUGAGGGUCUAUUGAAAUGCAAGGAGCUUGGGCUCUCUAAGAAUGAGAUGAAGAAGCUCUUGCCAAUUGUUGAUGCUAGUUCAUCCGACUCUGGGGCAUUUGAUGGUGUCCUUGAACUUCUGGUUCGAGCUGGGAGAAGUCUCCCUGAAGCUGUCAUGAUGAUGAUCCCUGAAGCCUGGCAAAAUGAUAAGAACAUGGACCCACAAAGGAAAGCAUUAUACGAGUACUUCUCUUGUCUCAUGGAGCCAUGGGAUGGGCCUGCACUUGUCUCAUUCACUGAUGGCCACUACCUUGGAGCUACACUAGAUCGCAAUGGCUUGCGUCCUGGCAGGUUCUAUGUUACUCGAAGUGGGAGAGUUAUCAUGGCCAGUGAAGUUGGUGUUGUUGACGUGCCUCCUGAAGAUGUGCUUAGGAAAGGAAGGCUUAACCCUGGAAUGAUGCUUCUGGUGGAUUUUGAAAAGCACAUUGUUGUGGACGAUGAGGCAUUGAAGCAGCAAUACUCUCUAUCAAGGCCAUAUGGCGACUGGUUGAAGAGGCAAAAGAUUGAACUGAAGGAUAUAAUUGAGACAAUUCCUGAAUCUGACAGAGUCCCCCCAGAGCUGGCGGGUGUUGUUCCGGCUUCAAAAAACGAUGAAAACAUGGAGAACAUGGGUAUUCAUGGUUUGCUGGCGCCAUUGAAAGCUUUUGGCUAUACGGUGGAAGCCUUGGAGAUGUUGUUGCUUCCCAUGGCAAAAGAUGGCAGCGAGGCUCUUGGCUCAAUGGGAAAUGAUACUCCACUGGCUGUUAUGUCCGACAGAGAUAAGCUCACUUAUGAAUAUUUUAAGCAAAUGUUCGCUCAAGUUACAAAUCCUCCAAUUGAUCCCAUUAGAGAGAAAAUCGUCACUUCAACGGAAUGCAUGAUUGGCCCUGAAGGUGAUCUGACAGAAACAACUGAAGAGCAAUGCCACCGCCUUUCACUGAAGGGCCCUCUCCUGACAAUUGAUGAAGUUGAGGCUGUUAAGAAGAUGAACUACAGGGGUUGGCGGAGCAAAGUUCUCGACAUAACUUAUUCAAGGGACCGUGGCCGGAAGGGAUUGGAGGAAACCUUGGAUAGGAUUUGUGCUGAAGCACAUUCUGCAAUCAAGGAAGGUUACACCUUGCUAGUUCUUUCCGAUAGAGCCUUUUCUUCGACAAGGGUUGCUGUGAGCUCACUCUUGGCUGUUGGUGCGGUCCAUCAUCACCUUGUGAGAAAGCUUGAGCGAACUCAAGUAGGUUUGAUUGUGGAGUCUGCGGAACCACGUGAAGUUCAUCAUUUCUGUACUUUGGUCGGAUUUGGUGCAGAUGCUAUAUGCCCAUACUUGGCCGUAGAGGCUAUUUGGAGACUCCAGGUUGAUGGGAAGAUUCCACCAAAAUCUAAUGGCGAGUUUCACUCGAAGAAUGAGUUGGUGAAAAAGUAUUACAAAGCAAGCAACUAUGGCAUGAUGAAGGUUCUUGCCAAAAUGGGGAUAUCAACACUGGCCUCAUACAAGGGUGCUCAGAUUUUUGAAGCUCUUGGUCUUUCAUCUGAGGUGAUUGAGAAGUGCUUUGCUGGAACUCCAAGCAGAGUUGAGGGAGCUACAUUUGAGAUGCUCGCCCGUGAUUCUCUUCAUUUGCACGAGUUGGCAUUCCCUAGGCGAGCUCUACCUCCUGGAAGUGCAGAGGCCGUCGCACUGCCAAAUCCAGGGGAUUACCACUGGAGAAAGGGAGGUGAAAUUCACUUGAAUGAUCCUCUUGCCAUAGCAAAGCUCCAAGAAGCUGCCAGAGCCAAUAGUGUAGAUGCUUAUAAAGAGUAUUCUAAACGCAUUCAAGAAUUAAACAAAGCCUGUAAUUUGAGGGGGAUUCUGAAGUUUAAAGACUCUGCAGUGAAGGUUCCACUGGAUAUGGUGGAGCCUGCCAGCGAGAUUGUGAAACGAUUCUGCACCGGGGCUAUGAGUUAUGGGUCUAUUUCAUUGGAGGCUCACUCAACUCUCGCUGUUGCGAUGAAUAAAAUUGGAGGGAGGUCUAACACAGGUGAGGGAGGUGAGCAACCGUCUAGAAUGGAGCCUUUUUCAGAUGGUACGAGAAAUCCAAAACGGAGUGCAAUUAAGCAGGUUGCAAGUGGGAGGUUUGGUGUAUCAAGUUACUAUCUCACAAAUGCUGAUGAAUUGCAGAUAAAGAUGGCUCAGGGUGCCAAGCCUGGCGAAGGUGGCGAGCUACCUGGACAUAAGGUUAUAGGAGAUAUUGCAGUAACCCGAAACUCCACCGCUGGUGUUGGUCUCAUCAGCCCUCCUCCUCAUCAUGAUAUCUAUUCAAUUGAAGACCUUGCUCAACUGAUUCACGAUCUCAAGAAUGCUAAUCCAGGAGCUCGGAUUAGCGUCAAGUUGGUAUCUGAAGCUGGCGUGGGUGUGAUAGCUAGUGGGGUGGUAAAGGGUCAUGCUGAUCACGUCUUGAUUUCAGGUCAUGAUGGAGGUACCGGUGCUUCUAGAUGGACCGGCAUUAAAAAUGCUGGGCUCCCGUGGGAGCUUGGUUUGGCCGAGACUCACCAAACACUUGUUGCCAACAACCUUCGAGGCCGAACUGUUCUUCAGACCGAUGGUCAACUAAAAACUGGAAGAGAUGUAGCAGUUGCUGCACUUCUCGGUGCAGAAGAGUUUGGCUUCAGCACAGCACCUCUCAUAACUCUUGGAUGCAUCAUGAUGAGAAAGUGCCAUAAAAACACGUGCCCGGUUGGCAUUGCCACUCAAGAUCCAGUUCUCAGAGAAAAGUUUGCUGGAGAGCCUGAACACGUCAUCAAUUUUUUCUUCAUGCUAGCUGAAGAGCUUAGGGAGAUAAUGUCCGGGCUAGGUUUCCGCACGCUUAACGAGAUGGUUGGUCGUGCAGAUAUGCUAGAAGUUGAUAGAGAUGUUGUGAAGAACAACGAAAAGCUUGAAAACAUUGAUCUUUCACUUCUACUUAGACCUGCUGCUGACAUCCGACCAGAGGCUGCUCAGUAUUGCGUGGAGAAGCAGGACCAUGGCCUGGACAUGGCUCUGGAUCAAAAACUCAUCAAGCUAUCUAACCCGGCCUUGAAGAAGGGUCUUCCAGUGUACAUCGAGACGCCAAUAUGCAAUGUGAACCGUGCUGUCGGUACAAUGCUGAGUCAUGAAGUCACCAAGCGGUAUAAUCUGGCAGGACUUCCAAAAGACACCAUUCAUGUGAAACUCGAUGGAAGUGCUGGGCAGAGUCUCGGUGCUUUCCUUUGCCCCGGGAUAACACUAGAGCUCGAGGGUGACAGCAAUGACUAUGUUGGAAAAGGAUUGUCAGGUGGAAAAAUCGUGGUUUAUCCACCAAAAGGAAGCUUGUUUGAUCCGAAAGAGAACAUAGUGAUUGGUAAUGUAGCUCUGUAUGGAGCUAUCAGCGGUGAAGCAUAUUUCAACGGUAUGGCUGCAGAAAGAUUCUGUGUACGGAACUCCGGAGCUACUGCAGUUGUUGAAGGAGUUGGUGAUCAUGGUUGUGAGUACAUGACAGGUGGCACUGUCGUUGUGCUAGGAAAAACAGGAAGGAAUUUUGCUGCAGGCAUGAGUGGUGGCAUUGCCUAUGUUCUCGAUAUCGAUGGGAAAUUCCAUUCUCGUUGCAACCCUGAGUUGGUGGAUCUCGAUCGAGUCGAGGAAGAAGAGGACAUCAUGACUCUCAGAAUGACAAUACAACAGCAUCAGCGUAACACUAACAGCCAGUUGGCUAAGGAAGUGUUGGCUGAUUUUGACGGUCUCCUGCCUAAGUUCAUCAAGGUCUUCCCGAGAGAUUACAAGCGUGUGCUUGCUAGCAUGAAGAGUCAAUCAGCUGCUACAGAGGUUGCUGAGAAGAUGGCUAAGGAAACUGAGGAUCAAGAUGAGGUGGAGUUGACUCCGAAAGAUGCCUUUAACGAACUCAAAAUGUUAGCAGCUGCAUCAGUGAAUGACAAAUCCAUUCAGGUGGGUCUUAUUUCUGAUUUCUGAUGGGUCACAUUUGAAAACUGAAUGAUGCUUUUGCCUCUUGGGCCCGCUAAUGUAUUUGACUUGUCAGAUUGAGCCAUAAAAAUUGUGAGAGGAAGACCUAUCCAAGGUUUAGUUGGAGUGUUUGACUUGAACAUUUUCAUGGUUGAUAUCCUGCUUAUAGAUUCUGAUGUCUGUCUCUUGUUUUGGUAUGGACAGGUGGAUGAAACUGCAGAAUCGAAGAGGCCAAGUCGGGUCAAUGAUGCUGUUAAGCAUCGUGGGUUUGUUGCGUAUGAGCGUGAAGGUGUUCAGUACAGGGAUCCUAAUGUCCGAAUGAAUGACUGGAAUGAAGUAAUGGAGGAAUCUAAACCUGGUCCUCUUUUAAAUACUCAGUCAGCUCGCUGCAUGGAUUGUGGUACUCCUUUCUGCCAUCAGGAGCACUCGGGAUGCCCACUUGGAAACAAAAUACCCGAGUUCAACGAGUUAGUUUAUCAAAACAGAUGGCGUGAAGCAUUGGAUCGUCUUCUCGAGACAAAUAACUUCCCAGAAUUCACUGGCCGCGUGUGCCCUGCUCCGUGCGAAGGCUCUUGUGUUCUUGGCAUAAUUGAGAAUCCCGUCUCUAUAAAGAAUAUUGAAUGUGCUAUCAUCGACAAGGCUUUUGAAGAAGGGUGGAUGAAGCCAAGGCCUCCUCUCAAAAGAUCUGGGAAGCGAGUUGCGAUAAUCGGAAGUGGACCAGCAGGUUUGGCUGCUGCUGAUCAGCUGAACAGAAUGGGCCAUUCAGUGACUGUCUAUGAGCGUUCUGACCGAAUCGGAGGGCUUAUGAUGUACGGAGUCCCCAACAUGAAGACUGACAAAGUGGACGUAGUUCAACGACGUGUCAACCUCAUGGCAGAGGAAGGCAUCGACUUUGUAGUCAAUGCCAACGUUGGAGUUGACCCUGAGUAUUCUCUAGAAAGGCUCCGGGAGGGCAAUGACGCCAUUGUUAUGGCAGUCGGAGCCACCAAGCCAAGGGACCUUCCUGUACCUGGACGGGACCUGCAGGGAGUCCAUUUCGCCAUGGAGUUCCUUCACGCCAACACGAAGAGCUUGCUCGACAGCAACCUGGAGGACGGCAACUACAUAUCCGCGAAGGGGAAGAAAGUGGUGGUCAUCGGUGGAGGUGAUACAGGGACCGACUGCAUUGGGACAUCCAUCCGUCAUGGCUGCAACAGCAUUGUGAAUCUAGAGCUGUUGCCCGAGCCACCGAAGACUCGAGCAGCAGGCAACCCUUGGCCUCAGUGGCCUCGUGUCUUCCGGGUUGACUAUGGACAUCAAGAAGCUGCAAACAAAUUUGGAAAGGACCCACGGUCUUACCAAGUGCUGACCAAACGGUUCGUGGGAGACGAGAAUGGGAAGCUCAAGGGGAUUGAGGUGGUCAAGGUCAACUGGGAGAAGGAUGCUAGUGGGAAGUUCCAGUUCAAGGAGGUAGAAGGUUCGUUGGAAAUGAUCGAGGCUGAUCUCAUCCUGCUAGCAAUGGGCUUCCUUGGUCCCGAGGCGAACUUGGCCGAGAAGUUGGGCAUGGAGAGAGAUGCACGAUCAAACUUCAAGGCUGAUUACGGCCGAUUCUCAACAAACGUGGAAGGCGUGUUCGCUGCUGGGGAUUGCCGACGAGGACAGUCCCUCGUCGUAUGGGCUAUAUCCGAGGGAAGACAGACUGCAUCCCAAGUUGACAAGUACCUCAUGCGAGAAGAGGAUGCUGACGCGAUCAGCAAGGAACAGGGUGAUGCGAGAGAGCGAGACUUGACGAAGAAGCAGCGAGAAGACAAGCACAGGGUCAUGACAUAGGGCAACAGAAAGCUCUGAGCUUUCCAUUGCUCUGACUGAUCAUACAGCGCGACUGCUCGAAGAUAAAUAAUGGGCGGCCGCGAUGAUGACGAUGCAACAAUGUCAGUCAUGUUGUGAAGUGAAGACGGCUUUGCAAGGUUUAGAUGGAAGAUAGUAGUACAGGAUCGAGGAAUUGUGUUGAUGCUGUUCUUUUGUGGGUUUUGUUUCCCUCUGCCCCAUUGGUAUAGUUUUAUAGACUCAACAGCCACCUUAGUUUUGAGAGGUGGAUUUGUGUUGGGUUUGUUGAGGAAAGAAUAAUGUGCAGUUUUGUUUGUUUAGGCGCUUUUCCAACUUCAACUGCAAGCAAUAUAUAUGUAAUUUAUAUCGUAAUGGGGAAAUCUAAUACUAUUUGCUUUUGUCAAGUUUUCUCAAACAUAUGAGGAAGGAGUCUGAAUGAUAACAGAGGAAAUGUACUGCUAAUGGGAGGAUGGGUUUCAUUAGCUUUUGUACAUGAGUUGAAAAACGAAAGCUUCUU